AUGCUACCUGCCAGGGGUGAACAAUACCAGAGCGGACUGCCUCAGUCGAAACUUCACCUUAGACCACAAAUGGGAAUUACAUACGGAGGUCACAAACUCAGUUUUCCACCAGUGGGGAUGGCCAUCUAUAGAGCUCUUCGCUUCGGCCCAGAAUACCAAAUGUCCCCAAUUCUGCUCACGUGCGGGACUUGGCAAGCACUCUCUGGGGGAUGCCUUUCUAAUCAAAUGGGCAGCGCCCCUACAUUACGCCUUUCCCCCCAUACCUCUCAUCCCAAGAGUCCUACGCAAAAUCCUGAGAGACAAAGCCCUAGUCAUCGUGAUUGCCUCAUCAUGGUCUCGCCAAACCUGGUACCCAUACCUUCACAAGCUAGCGGUCCAGCCUCCCCAUCCAUUACCAUACCGGAUAGACCUACUAUCUCAGGACAAUGGCAGGAUACUACAGCCCCAACUCCGUACCCUGCAUCUUCAGGCGUGGCUUCUUUCUGGUUCUCAGAGAUAGAAGACCGCUGCUCACAGCAAGUAAAAGACAUCCUCCUCCAUAGCAGGAGGCAAUCCACUCGAAAAACCUACCAGCAAAAAUGGGUACGAGCCAAAGUGGAACCCCGUGUCCCUCCACUGAAUACCAUACUAGAUUACAUUAUGGACCUUAAAGCAUCAGGAUUGUCAAUUUCCUCUCUAAGAGUACAUCUCUCUGCAAUAGCAGCAUUUCAUACCUCGGUGGACGGCUUCUCCAUUUUUAACCAUCCUAUCACGAAGAGGUUCCUCAAGGGACUUCAAAAUGUGUACCCACCAUAUAAGGCCCCACCCACUUGUGGGACCUAAAUCUUGUUUUGGACUACCUCACCAGACCUCCUUUUGAACCAUUGGCAACAAUACCACUUCCCUU